AUUCUUUUGCGAGUGGAGUGAGUGAGAUAAGGGAGGUGGAAGUGUUCUCCGUAUGUAAUGAGUCAGUAACAAAGCCACCAUUUCCCAGGCCCUUGUUCUGUUUUUUCUUGCUUUAGCUGUUCAACCGCAACUCUGAACAAUUUCGAUUAAUUUUCUGUCUGGUUGGUAGAUUUGUGGAUUUCGUUGGCUUUUGGCUCCGCGAACACAUAUGGUUGUGAAAACUUGAGAGUGGUUUGAGAGAUUUUCUUCUUUUCUUCUUCUCUUUUAUCUCUCUGUCUACUAUUGUGCUGCAGGGCCUGGGUUUUCAGGCGUUCAUUUAGGAACUCAUAUCGUGAAAUCUUAUCAGAGUUUAGUCACGAACUUCACCACCAUGUUCUAACUGUCAAUGUCGUGAGAGAGUUUUAAGACUUCUAUUUGUUCUCGGAUUGGCAUAUCCUGUUCAGCAGCAAAUCUGACCAAGAACUGAUGCUAUGGAGGACCGUUGUUUCUGUAAGAUGUCUAUAAUGGAAAAAUUUUUACAGAUGUGAAUAUGUUUGUAGAUCGUUAGAGAUCUGAGGUGUUAGAAAUAGAGUAAGAAAUAAGAUUUGAGUUAUAUCAUUCGAUUCAGCUCCACCUUACUUGGAGGGUUCACCCAGAAAGAACAUAAUGGAUGGAUUUUUUUUUUUUUUUUUUUGAGUUUCCUUGAUAGUUCCACUUUGAGGACUGCUUGUUAGAUGAGAUGAACAAGUAUGUUAUGUUUACUCUAACAAUUCAGACCAAUUAGAUCUCUGUCAAGCACUCUGUUGAAAGAGGAUGAGACCUGCGGAAGGUAAGAGCUCUCGUAAUUAUGGACCAACAAAGGAGAUCUCAAGCAGCAGUGCUAUUAAUUUCGAGUCUCACAAAGGAAAUGGAAUAAAUCAGGGCUCUCGCCAUCGGAUGGCCUUAGGCAAACCAACCCCAUCUAAAUGGGAUGACGCCCAAAAGUGGCUAGUUGGUUUGUCAAGAGGGGGAGACAGAAGCCACGCCAAGACCAAACCCCGGAACUCAAAUGCUGAUGAUAGAAGAUUAAUUGCUCCUGCUCCACGGAAGGAGAAGGAUUCUUCUAGCAGUGCUGAGGAGGAAGGAGGUGAAGAUGGAAUCCCGGAUCCUGUAAAUGUUAUCCAAGAUGAAGGGGAGAUGAAGAAGAUGGAUUGUAGUGAGUCAUUUUGGCGCAUAAACAAGCCUUCUGCAGACUCAUCAUCAGGUAUCAGAUCGAUUUGUGUGAGAGACAUGGGAACAGAGAUGACCCCCAUUGCUAGUCAAGAGCCUUCAAGAACAGGCACCCCUCUUAGAGCCACAACACCUGCAGCGAGGAGCCCUAUCUCGUCUAGAUCAUCCACUCCUGGAAGGUGCUAUCAAGGUUCACAGGCCCUCGACACCCACGAAACCGGUCAUACCAUGGAGAGUAGAAAUGAUGCUAGGGCAGAUGGUGCAACUCGGUUUCCUAAUCGAGAAGAAGUGGGAGAAUGCAAUGCUGAGGAAGCUAGAAAGUCCAAUCCUCUGGAAAUCAGAGCAAUGGCUUGGGAUGAGGCUGAACGUGCAAAAUAUAUAGCAAGAUACAAGCGCGAAGAUGUGAGGAUACAAGCCUGGGAAAACCAUGAGAAGAGAAAAGCAGAAAAGCAUACGAGGAGAAUGGAGGCAAAAGCUGAAAGAUUGAAAUCACGAGCACAAGAAAGGUUAGAAAAUAAGCUUGCUGCAACACGAAGAAUAGCUGAAGAGAAACGUGCAAAGGCUGAGGCCAAAUUGAAUGAGCAAGCUGUCAGGACUUCAGAAAGAGCUGACUAUAUAAGAAGGACUGGUCAUUUACCCUCUUCAUUCUCCUUCAAGCUGCCUUCUCUCUGCUGGGAUAAGAGUACAAGGUGCGUCAUUAGGGGACAGUCCCUUAUCCAGAGGUGUUACGAGCUUACAAAGUAUAAAUGCAUGCAAUGCUGAAAGCUUGAAACAUUUGUCUACAACCCUGCACAUGGUAAGACUUCAUUGCAACCAAAAAAAUUAAAUUAUCAUCACAUUCCUCAAGGAGAACAUACAUCACAGUAAUAGCUAUGCUGAGAUAUUGCAUCAAUGUUUAUGAAUCAGAGGUAUGAGAUGAAAAGCAGAACUAAGAAAAUAUUGUCCAAGUUUUUGACAAAGGCAUUCUAAAUCCAUUGCAAUGUAUCUCGUAAUGUAGUUAAUAACCUGCUCUGGAGUUUUAACCUCUGCUAGAGAAAAACAGAUUUUCCAUUCUAGUUCCCUGCAAUAGUUAGGCUUGCCAUGUAUGUAUUUUGUGCUUCUUUUAGCAUUUGUGCAAAAACCUGUUUCUCCUAAGCAGAGGUUAUGUUAGAGAAAGAUAGAACAAAGAGAACAAUAUGAACUUCAUCAUAA